ACCUGGGCCUCCAGGACUGGGGACUGGACCUGGAGGGAGCAGGGUUGCAGGUCUUGGGGUGGUGGUGGUGGUGGUGGUGGACUUGAGACUCAGAUUCCAGAUAACACUUUCUCCCCACCUUCUGUUAGCUCGCAGUGCCUUAAGUUUUGGAGGAAAUCUCUGCCCCCUUUCCAACUCCGCGGCCUCACUAGCCCAGCUUCUCGAAACUUUUCCAGUAGGGCUUUGGCCCUCAUGGCCGACAAGAAAUUGGUGGUGGUUUUUGGAGCCACAGGUGCCCAAGGGGGCUCAGUAGCCCGCACACUCCUGGAAGAUGGGACAUUCAGGGUUCGAGUGGUGACCCGGAACCCUAGGCAGAAGGCUGCCAACGAGUUGAGACUACAAGGUGCAGAAGUAGUGCAGGGAAACCAGGAUGAUGAAGCCAGCAUGGAACUGGCCCUGACUGGAGCUCAUGCUGCUUUCAUUGUGACCAACUACUGGGAGAAUUGCAGCCAAGAGCAAGAGGUUAAGCAGGGAAAGCUGCUAGCUGAUCUGGCCAAGCGCCUGGGCCUCCACUACAUAGUCUACAGUGGGUUGGAGAACAUCAAAAAGCUGACGGCUGGGAAGCUGGCAGCUGGCCACUUUGAUGGCAAAGGGGAAGUGGAGGAAUAUUUCCGAGACAUUGGUGUUCCCAUGACCAGCGUGCGGCUGCCUUGCUAUUUUGAGAACCUCCUCUCAUACUUUUUGCCCCAGAAAGCUCCAGAUGGAAAGAGCUACUUGCUGAACUUGCCCAUGGGUGAUAUCCCGAUGGAUGGCAUGGCUGUGAGUGACCUGGGUCCUGUGGUGCUCAGCCUGCUGAAGAUGCCAGAAGAGUACGUGGGGCAGAACAUUGGGCUUAGUACUUGCAGGCAUACUGCAGAGGAAUAUGCUGCACUGCUUACCAGGCAUACCGGCAAGACUGUGCACCACACCAAGAUAACUCCUGAGGACUAUGAGAAGCUUGACUUCCCUGGAUCCUGCGACUUAGCUAACAUGUUUCGCUUCUAUGCCAUGAAACCUGACCGCAACAUUGAACUGACCCUGCGCCUCAACCCCAAGGCCCAGACACUGGACCAGUGGCUGGAGCAGCACAAAGGGGACAACCAGCUCUGACCUCCACCUUACAGCCCUGAGCCAGGGAACAAGAGACCCAGAUAUACAAUCAUCCUUUCUUGUAUACAAAUAUUGUUUUUUCAAAUAAAGACCAUUGUUCUCCCUGAUGACUUCCAAAACAAAA